CGGGCCAGGGGUGACUGCGAGAUGCCCCACGUCCUGUCCUCCAGCUCCGGGCCAAGGGUGCCGCAGGCGCACACGGGCGGGUCCGUGUGACUGCGUGGGAGUGAGUGUCCCUGGGUGUGAGAUGAAUUAUUGGAGUCAUUCAUCUGGGUGUUUUCUCGGAGAGGUUUUGCUUCACAGUCCUUUAGAGGAUCAUGGAAACUUUCCCCCUCUUCUUUUCUGGCUAGAAGGAUGAAAACUGAUCCUCCAUGGAAAGGCUCUCAUUAACCACCUCUGACUUUGGGGACCUAUGACCCCCAGGCAUGACCCUUUCGGGAAGUUCUUAAGCAGAGAUGGAGCAGACGUGAUCGGAGUUGUGGAUAAAGAAGACAGACUCGUGGUACUUCAUGCUGACGACAAAUCGCUGCUAUGACUUUUCCGACAACGUGGAAAGUGGCCAAGUGAAGCUGAAUUGGUCAUGGUUUGUCGCCCAGGGUUCCUUUGUCGUCGGCGAUUUUGCCCCCGGCCCUUCUUGGUGGGCUUGGUGGUGGCACUCUGUCUCUUCUACCAGACCCUGACACUUAGAGGGGCGAGGAAGAUCACAGCCCCUGUCCCUGGGGCUGCCCCCCACACCCCCACCGACAGUCAGCCAGGCAGAUGCAAGCAAGGAUACCCAAAGGACGAACCCUGCUUCCUUCUCUCCGGCAAUGCACAGGAAAUCAAGAAGAUUGAAAAAUCAAUUGAGGCACACUUUGGCCAUCAUGGCAGAAAAGCCAUACUCUAUAAACCUCCUUCUUACAGAAAAAUGGCGCUGAAGCAGUACCAGGAAGUUCUUGCUCAUCAUGGCUACACAGUUGUCAUCACUGAAGAAAAGCUCAGCGCUGACCCAGGACUGCGACUGCUAGAACAAGGUGAUUUGGGCUCCUGGGACGUGCUCAUUUGCCUGCCUUCUAGGACAACUGAUGCAAAAGCCUGCAUAUCCAAGCAGGACCUGUGUCAGUUGGCUCCACAUCAGAAGAUAAACAUUUUGCCAGAAAUACAACAUCAGCUUUGCAGAAAGGAAGGUCUAUGUCAACUAAUCAGAAGAUUUCCAGAACUGAGACUUCUUUUGAAUCCCUCUGUGUGUGCAAAUCCUCGAGUGCAAUUACAGCCAAAUACUUCCCGUCACGUAUUGAAAUCACUGAAGCCACACAUUUGGACACCAUGGGACUGGCAGCGUGAGCAGCUCAACCAAACAAGAAAGCUUGCUCCAAAGGAAAUAAUCUUUAGAGCUGAGGAACUAUCUGUGAUUCUCAAAGCCUAUGUAUUAGUAACGUCCUUAACCCCUUUGCGUGCUUUUAUUCAUUCAACUGGCACCGUGUGGAGUCCACCAAAGAAAAAGCGCUUCACUGUCAAGCUGCAAACAUUUUUUGAGACAUUCCUAAGGGCCAGUUCACCUCUGCAGGCCUUUGAUAAUAUGAAGGAAAUAAUUAGCAAACUGCUGGUGGCAGCUGAGGUAGUCAGUGAACCGUCUACCUUGGGACCAAAGACCUUCCAAAGAUGUAGAUUAUGUUUUCAGCUCUUAACUUUUGAUAUUGGUUACAGCAGUUUAAAGUACCCUACUGUGCUUCAGGUGCAUGAAUAUUUACAUUUUCAAGAUGGUGAUAAUAUGGAUUUUGAGGACCAAUAUAUAGAAGAAUUACUUUUAAAAGAUACUUUCAAUUUUCUCUUCUCCAAAGAUUCUUCACCUCCCGCAUUCUCUGAGAUAUUUCAAAGACUGUAUAGAUCAGGUGUAUUUAAGGGUGAAAACUAUCAAAAGGAAUUAAAACAAUGUUUAUCGUUUGAGGAAAUUAAUUCAAUUAUGACUUUUGUGAAGGAACUUGGAAGUCUGGGACAAUUCCAACUGCUCUUCCCACCUGCCACUCUAGGGACUCAAUCUGUGAUUCGUGACUUUUAUGAUAUAGCAAGUUCCAUGGGAAAACCUGGUUCCAUCCUGGCCCGAUACUCGUUGCUUUUAAAUGUAUUUGAACAAUUUUGGCUCAUGAAUAAAAAGGCACAGCUCUAUCCACUAGAAUGGAAUUCUUUCACAGAAGAUGAGGAUAUUGAAAAACUACAAGUGCUAUUUGAUGCAACUGAAAACAAAAGAGAUGCAGUUCCUCAAAUUACUAAUGAAAAUAAAGAUACACAUUGCAACAACAAUAAACACACGUUGUGUUAUAUCAAGCAGAUCUACACACAACCGCACUUGGAACUAAACCCUGAAUUUAAUCCGAAGAUCAAAGAUUAUUACUCUGAGGUGCCCUUUGAUGUGGUGACAGUGACCAUCCACGCGGAGGCUGCUGAGUGCCAGUGCAGGGCGCACCUGCAAGAGCGGACAGGCCCAAGCUCCGCCAACUAUCCUUUGGGAUUAGGAAUAAACCGAAUCUCAGUGCUUGUGGUGGAUGAAUCUCCAGCAGAGGGCGAGAUGCUGAUCACAUAUAAACUCACCAUCUAUAGAGAAGACCGCCCAAGUCUGCCCUUUUUUGAGGACUUCACAGCCUGCGGUUUUGUGCAGGAUUGUGGUUUGUUGAUACACCCAGAGGAAGGCUGUGGGUUGCAGCCCAUUUCUUCACAGUACAUUGAAGCCAUUUCACACCCUGAACUACAGAACUGUCCAUCUGGGGACACAAAAGGUCAGUGGAUUGUGCCUUGCCUAAGCUGUUCGGACAACCGAACCUGUGACUGGAGAGAAAUAACUUGGCAGCCCCACAACUGCCAACAUGCUAUCCUAACUAAGUCUCAACUCCAGCAGUGCCUGGGAGGAAGGAAGAUUCUUUUUAUUGGUGAUUCAACUAAUAGAGGAAUCAUGUACUAUCUGAUUGAAAGACUCAAUGAAACACUACAGGAAUGGCAGAAGGUGCAUGGCACUAAACUGUACCCCAAUGUCAAUGGCGGGAAGACUUGGGUCAGUUACUCCUACUAUCCCCAGUUUUGGAUAAGCCCCUCAAUGAGACCAACAUUUGAGAAAGCACUUGAGCGUCUCUUGCAAAGAUCACGUCCCUUAGAGAAUACUGGCCAGACGGUAUUGGUUGUUGGUGGUGUUCAGUGGCUUAAUUCCCAUCACCUGGAAAUUAUUCACAGGGUUUUAAAGAGGGAAAAUUUACUCCAUAUCCUAGUGAUCAUCAAAACUUUGGGCAUUGGCUUUCACCUGCCAGUGGACGGAGUGCAUGUAUUAACCAAGAGUGAAGUACAAAACCUAUGGAAAGAAAACUUGGUUAUUCUGGAAGCUUCAAGAAACUAUGGCUAUGAAGUGGUUGACACCUUCACUCUCACAAUGGGACGAUACAAAGAGUUUCUGCAGGGCAACUGUGGGUGCCAUUUCCAUGAGGUGGUGAAAUCAAAAUUAUCCAAAGAAUAUCACUUUAUUAGAAUGAAAACAUCAAAGAAUCAUAUUGUGGGAAAAUAUUUCAGCAAUCAAAGCAAACUACGACAACAAGACUCAGUGACAAAUUCUCAGUCAUCUUAUCAUGUCAGAGGUCCAAUAAAUCAGGUUUGCUCUGAAAUACUUCUCAGCAGGAUGUGUGCAAGUAAAAGGACCAUGGAGACUCCAUGAAGGAGAACCGAAGUUGGAGUUGGUGUGGCUCCUAACAAAGAUCUGGGAACAAGACAAUAUGUCUCAGGUGUAUUUUGGAUUGACCACAUGCUCAUGCACACAGAUACAAGCACAUACCCCAAUAUGCACAUAUCUAAAAAGGAGCAAUAGCACUUUUCAUAUAGCUUUAAAAUUUAAGAUACAAAUCUGAACACGUUUGUUUCAGAGUGAAAGGCAUAGCUAGAAAGGGAUUACUUGAAAUAUCAUAAUCUAGGACCACUAUGUCCAUUAUAUUACACUGUCAUAUACCAGCACUUGAGUUCCAUGACAAAGGGCUGUGCUGUUCAGUAAUGCCAUAUCAUCUUCUCUAUGGAUACAUUAAUAUUUAAAGCGUGAAGGAGAACUUACAUUCCACUAGCAAGUAGGGAUUACAUUUCUGUUCUUUAUGGGGGGAAAUGUGGCAUUUAUGAUGGCUUAAUCUUUUUGUGGACAUGAUGCUUAUGAAAAACAUUUCUUUUGCUUUCAAAAUUGUAUGACUGAACGGAAAAGAACAGGAGUGUUACUCGACAAGGGAAUCUUGAGAUAGAUAAGAAGUGGGAUGUUUUCUAGUUAAAACACCAGUAUAUUUAACUCUGCGCUCCUUAUGUUUCUCAUAAACAUUUCCUCCUGUCCUGUCUGUGAACUUAGGUGGAGAACUGCAAUCUAAAUUGAAAAAAUACAUUAUUUACAGUGAGGAGCAAAACAUAAUUCCUCAUAUGUACUUUACUAUAUUUCCUUGAUGGCCUUAUGUAGGAAAAUCUUUCUUCUCCAUCCUACACCCAUGUAAUUUAAAAUUAUACAUAUAUCUUAAUGUAAAUAUUUUGCAAAGGAUUACAGAUUCACAAAUGCAUAAGCAUAAAGCAGUUAAUGUAACCACCAGUGAAUAAAAUAUUACUAGUAGCUGUAUUUUUUAUUUUCUUGAGUAAUUGUAUCUAGUGCAAAUUGAGAGCAGGUAUAAAAUUUUUUAUUAAAAGUAUGGCAUACCUAUAAAGUAUACCUGAUUGUAGUAUUGAAUUCUAUCAUUUUAGCAUUCGAUUGGUAAAUUUCCUUAUUGUACAAAUGUUUAGUAAUGAGAUAACAUCUCUCUGAUGUGUUGGCUUUUAAAGGAUUACUUUUCUCUAUGGGAAAAGUGGCUGAGAGGCAUAAUUCUAUGUAUGGCUGAAAUUACUAAAUGUACAAAUACCUCAAUUUUGUUGCCAUACAAAAAUAAAACUAUUUUAAUUGAUCAGUACUUUAGAAUGAAUAGCCACCUUCUUUAAAUACUUUAUUUUUAUAUGUAUUUUUGUAUGAACAGAAAUAUGAAUUUAUAAUUGUCUUAAAUUAUAUUUAAAUGCAAAUACCACUUGGUAUAAAUAAUAAACACAUUUUACAGAUGGCAAGAUUUUUUUUAAGAAUGGUACAAACAGAAUCAACUUCCAAAUGAAAGGUUUUUCUGCACCCAUGUGAAAGCAUCAUUUUUAGGUUUACAGAGCUGUAUUUAAAUGACAUAAAAUAUUACCCAUUUCUGCAGCUUCACCAUCAUGUUUCCAUUUAUUGUAAAUUGUAAUUACUUCCUAACUUUCAGUGCUCACUUCUUGUAGAUGAGUGUUAUCCUGACUGCUGCAAUCAUCUGACUGAGGUUGGUCUGGCCUUUACUUCACCAUUGACAUCAUAGUAGAUUUUAGAAACAGUUGUAAUGAUAUUUUUAAUAAAGGUCUCACUAA